GGGCGGCGGCUCAGCGCCUCUAGGACUGCGGAGGCUCCGGGGCGUCGCUUGCAGCCUGGCGGGGGGAGGCAGAGCUGCACCAGGCCAGGUGCGGGCAGCGGUUGCGGUCAGUGCCGGCUCUUGGGCAGGCUAGCCCUGCAUUUCCGCCCUGGAGGGCGCGUGCCCGAGCCCACGUGAGCUGGAUGCGCUCCCACCCUGCAAGGGAGGGGCAGUUGCCCGGGAUUGCCAGGUCGCUAGCCGGGCCUGAUGCGCCCCGCGCUUGGGCUCCCUGGGGCUGGCUGAGGGUAGUGGGGGGCCUUCAAUCGCCGCCUCCCUGAAUGGGCUGCCCUUCCCUAGCCUCCGCGGCCUGGAAUGCCGCGAGAGGAGGCGGUGCGGCUGAUCCAGAUGGCCGAGCGGAUGCGCCAAGGCCGCCUGCGCGCCCGCUUCAUGUGGGAGAUCCGGAGGGACGAGGAGCGCGAGAGGAAGGUGCGCGAGAGCGGCCUCUCCGAGCCCAACCGCGAGCUGGCGGCCACUUGCAUCCAGAAGAUCUGGAAAGGGUGCGUGCAGAGGCAGCUCACCAAGUUAGCCCGUCAGAUGGAGAUGACCUUCAUUGGCAUGGAACUGGAGCCGCAGCUGCUAGGGCCCUCCGCGGCCAUGAUCCGAGCGCAGCUGGGCGAGGAGCUGCGGCGCAUGCGCCAGGCGGACUACGAGGCCGAGUACCGCGAAGCGCUAAACAACGUGCGCGACGCCAUCUACGAGGUGGAGGGACCCAGCAUGUGCGAGGCACUGAAGGAGCAGCUCCGCCAGUGGUUCAUCGAGUGCCAGUGAGCAGGCCCGGCCGGCCCCCCCCAGUUCCCAAGCCAGAGCAGCAGCAGCGGGCGGGGCGGCCCUUGGAGACUGGCCUUUGCUCCGACCCGCCAGGCUACCCCAAUGCCUUCUCUGCUUCCCUCAGUGACCUUCUGGGAUGCUUCCCCGACUAUCCUGACGAGGCGAUUGGGGGCUGCAGUGUUCUCUUUGCUCACAGGACCCCAGAAGAGGUGAGGGUUGAGUUGGACCUGGCUGAGAUCAAAACAGACCCGAAAAAGAAGGAGAAGGAGAAGGUAGCAAAGCCAGAGAAGAAAGGACAGGAGAAGAAAGUGGAUGAAGAUGAAGGCCUGACCCUCUCUCCCUCCAAGUUCCUGCAAACCAUCAACCAGGGCUUCCUGAUGUACACAGGUUGCUGGAGUGACCGGGAUGAAGCCAUCCACUUUGAGCAGCAGUACGAGGAGGAGCUGAUCAGGACGGAGAAGAGGAAGGAGGUGGAGAUGGAGAUGCGGCUGCAGGUGAACGAGCUGAUGCGCCAGGAGCUCCUGCAUCUGAAGCUGGCAGUGGACCAGCAAGAGACCAAACCCCCGAAGCCCCACAAGGCCAGGAAGAGUGCCAAGAAAAAAGGGAAGAAAGGAAAGAAGGAGAAGGAUUUGACGCCAGACAGAACCAUUGAUUCUCUUUAUGAAGAGCUAGUGCUUCAGGGCAUCAUUAAAAAGCCCCAGAAGGUGCAACUGGCGGAUUACAUGGGUGACUUCUGCUACUUGGGUACCAUCCUACGCCAGCAAGAGAUUGAGCCGGUACCUUCAACUCUAGACGUGCGUCAGAAUGUUGCCCUGUAUGCUGUCCUGCGUCUGGGCUCUCAGCCUGUGCAUGAGUUGGCCCCUCUGGUGAAGUCGCUCCUCUUGGCCGGUCCAGCGGGCACUGGGAAGAAGAUGCUGGUGCACGCUGUGUGCACUGAAACGGGGGCCAACCUUUUUGACCUCUCACCGGACAACCUCGCUGGCAAGUACCCAGGCAAGAGCGGCCUUCAGAUGAUGAUCCACCUGGUACUCAAGGUGUCUCGUCUCCUGCAGCCGUCCGUCAUCUGGGUGGGGGACGCCGAAAAGACGUUCUACAAGAAGGUCCCAAAAGAGGAGAAGGAGUAUGACCCCAAACGCCUGAAGAAGGACCUGCCCAAGGCCCUGAGCCUGCUGAGAGCUGAAGACCGGGUGCUGCUGAUGGGCACGUCCAGCAAGCCCUACCUGGCCGACAUCAAGGGCCUCUGCAAGACCUACGAGAGGAUCCUCCUCGUCCCCCGGCCAGAUUAUGCUUCACGCUAUGUGACCUGGCAACGGCUGAUUGAGAAGCACGGUGGCAUUGUCACAGGCAGCCUGGACCUCAGUGCCCUGGCAAAGGUGUCGGAUGGGUACAGCCAGGGCAGCCUGGCACAGGCAGUGACGGCUGUGCUCAGUGAGAGGCGACUCCUGCAGCUUCCCAAGAGGCCACUGAAUGCUGGCGAGCUGCUGCAGAUGCUGGCCAGGGCGGACCCCAUCUACCCAGAGGAGGAAGAGAUGCUGAAGGAUUGGUACAACAAGACUCCUCUGGGCAAGAGGAAGGCGAAGGCUGAAGAGGACAAGCUCAAGGCAGCCGAGGCAAAAGAAAAGAAGAGGAAGAAUAAAUAGGGAGGGAGAGAGGGAGGGGGGCAAACCCUUUUUGGCUGCGUCAUAAAUGCAGUCUUGUGUGUAAGGACUGACAGUGACACUGUGUGUGUGUGUGUGUGUGUGUGUGUAUGCCACACCUAAUGCAGCCCUUAGGAAGCACGUGCAAGGGGAAUGGAGACAAGGCCCUCAUGCAUUGGGUGCUGUAUGAGGCCUGAACAGACAGACACAAGUGUGAAUAUCCCUCUGAAUUGGCCGGGACGAGAGACUCAAAUGUUGGCUGGUUUCUGAGGCGGGGGAGGCAGCAAAUGGGUGUUUGGUGCAUGCUGCUUAAUAGUCUGAAGGAGUUAUGUCCCCACCCCACCCCCAUACACUCGUUAUUGACCCACUUAUGAUGUUGAGCCAGGCCUACAUACCCCAAUGGGUCCUGAGACCCAUAGUAGUGUCAAUUCAAGGGGUUUUGGGAGUCCUAGGGAGGACAGAAGCUGCUCUACGCAGGGAGGUAAGAUUUGGUGAGUCUUCUUGGCCUUAGGGAUCUCCAGAGUUGGGGCUGAAAUAAUUACAGAUUAUUAUUGGCUCAGCAAUAUUACAGGCAAGAAGGAUCUUGUAAUUGUUGUUGAUCACAAACUGAACAUGAGCCAACAGUGUGGCAAAUGCUAUUUUAGCCUAUUUUAGGCUGCAUUAACAAGUAUAGUUUCCAAAUUGCAUGAAGUUUUGGUUCCCCUCUUCGGCACUGGUUAGGCCUCAUCUUGAGUACUGCAUCCAGUUCUGGACACCACACUUAAAGAAGGAUGCAGACAAACUGGAACAGGUUCAGAGGAGGGCAACGAGGAUGAUCGGGGGACUGGAAACAAAGCCCUUGGUAUGAACCUUGCUGGUUCAUACUACUAUUAUUAUUAUCCAAUUUAUUAGUCGCCCAUCUGGCUCGUUGGGCAGCCACUCUGGGCGAUGUACAAGAUAAAAACAGUACAUUAAGCAUUAAAAAUUAAAACAACAAUAGAAGCCUAACCCAUCCUAAAAGCUUUCCUGAAGAGCCAGGUCUUCAAAGUCCGACGGAAGGUCAUCUCAGAAGGGGCAUGACAGAGAUCAUUUGGGAGAGAGUUCCACAGGGUGGGGGCCACUAUUGAAAAAGCCCUCUCUCUAGUCCUCACCAGUCUCGCUGUUUUUACCGGUGGGAUCGAGAGAAGGUCUUCUGAGGCUGAUCUUGUUGAGCGGCAUCCCUGACGAUGCUGGAGGCGCUCCUUCAGAUAGACUGGGCCAAAACCGUAUAGGGUUUUAAAGGUCAAAACCAACACCUUGAAUUGGGUUCAGUAAACAACCGGUAACCAGUGCAACUCCUUCAAAACAGGAGUGAUGUGAUCUUGCUGGCGGCUGCCCUUAAUCAGACGAGCCGCCACAUUCUGUACCAGUUGCAGCUUCCGGACUGUUUUCAAGGGUAACCCCACGUAGAGCGCAUUACAGUAGUCUAGGGGAGAGGUGACCAAGCCAUGUACCACCGGUGGGAGCAGAUGGUUGGGAAGGUAGGGGCGCAGCCUCCGUAUCAGAUGGAGUUGACUGAAAGAACUGGGCAUGUUUAGUCUUGAGAAGGGAAGAGGCUGGUUGUGGGCUCUCCACCCCCGUGGGAAGGCACUCUGCAUAUGUUUGCAAGCACUCAUUAACUCAUGGUCCAGGCUGAGCAUGGCACAAAAUGGGCUCCAAAUGCUGCAAUAUAUUUUGGGAGCUGAUGAUAACCAAACCAGUGGCAGACAGGCUGUGGCUGCCAAAUGGGCUAUUCAUAAGGGCUGAGUCAGGCCUGUGGCUUGCAAAAACCCAGCUCACGAAAGGGCACGCAGCAGCACUGGGAACCAGCAAGGGGACACUGCUUAAGGCAGCCAGCCCC